AUGCAUGAGCUAAAUCUUUUAAAUGAUGUUAAGGACCUCGAUCAAAAAUAUUUAAACAAACAAGGUUUCAGUCUAACAAUUAGCAUCUACCCAGGAACCGGAAGUGACCGACAACCCACAUUGCCAAUUCCGCACCAAAAGAUAACACUUGUGGGGCCCCUAGGAAAGAGCGAUAUUGUGAAUGGUGAACUGGUUUCUCUCGAGAGGGAGUUAUCAACCCUUCGCAAGAAUGGGACUAUUGAUCCUUUUGGACUCUACUUGUAUGGCCUUGUGCUCAAAGACAAAGGCAGCAAGAGUCUUGCUCUUACAGUUCUUGUGGAGUCUGUUAAUAGCUACCCUUGGAACUGGAGUGCCUGGUCGGAGCUGCAGUCGUUGUGCACUACAGUUGAUGUCUUGAACAGCCUUAAGCUCAAUAACCAUUGGAUGAAGGACUUCUUUCUCGCCAGUGCUUAUCAAGAACUGAGGAAGCACAUUCUAUCACUUCUUUCCUACGCCGCUUCCAAAUGGGCGGCAGAGCAGCUCGUCGGCAUCAUCGAGCAAGACCCGGUAAAGUUCACGCCUGCGAACACGAGAUUCCAGCGCGGGAGCUCCAGCAUCCGGCGCAGAUUCCGCACCAACGACAUCACCUCGACGCCGGCUGCCGGCGUGUCGUAUGUGUCCACUCCGGUGAUGGAGGAAGAUGACAUUGUGGACGGCGAUUUCUACCUCCUUGCUAAGUCGUAUUUUGACUGCAGGGAGUACAGAAGAGCUGCUCAUGUGCUUCGUGAUCAGAACGGAAAGAAGUCGGUCUUCUUACGCUCCUAUGCUCUUUAUCUGGCUGGAGAAAAACGGAAAGAGGAAGAAAUGAUAGAACUUGAGGGGCCCCUAGGAAAGAGCGAUAUUGUGAAUGGUGAACUGGUUUCUCUCGAGAGGGAGUUAUCAACCCUUCGCAAGAAUGGGACUAUUGAUCCUUUUGGACUCUACUUGUAUGGCCUUGUGCUCAAAGACAAAGGCAGCAAGAGUCUUGCUCUUACAGUUCUUGUGGAGUCUGUUAAUAGCUACCCUUGGAACUGGAGUGCCUGGUCGGAGCUGCAGUCGUUGUGCACUACAGUUGAUGUCUUGAACAGCCUUAAGCUCAAUAACCAUUGGAUGAAGGACUUCUUUCUCGCCAGUGCUUAUCAAGAACUGAGGAAGCACAGUGAAUCCUUAAAACAAUAUGAAUAUCUUAAGGGCACUUUUGUUUUCAGUAAUUACAUUCAGGCUCAAAUUGCAAAGGCACAAUACAAUCUCAGGGAAUUUGAACAAGUUGAAGCAAUUUUUGAAGAACUUCUCAGGAAUGACCCUUAUCGAGUGGAAGACAUGGACAUGUAUUCCAAUGUGCUAUAUGCAAAGGAGUGCUACUCUGCACUAAGUUAUCUUGCCCAUAGAGUAUUUAUCACUGAUAAAUACAGGCCUGAAUCUUGUUGUAUUAUCGGAAAUUACUACAGCUUAAAAGGGCAGCAUGAGAAGGCGGUUGUGUACUUUAGGAGGGCACUCAAAUUGAACAGAAACUAUUUAUCUGCUUGGACCCUUAUGGGUCAUGAAUAUGUUGAGAUGAAAAACACCCCAGCUGCUAUUGAGGCAUAUCGACAUGCUGUAGAUAUAAAUCCAUGUGAUUAUCGAGCUUGGUAUGGAUUAGGACAAGCUUAUGAGAUGAUGAGUAUGCCCUUGUAUGCUCUUUAUUACUUCAAGAAAUCAGUAUUCUUGCAGCCAAAUGAUUCUCGGUUGUGGAUUGCUAUGGCCAAAUGUUAUGAAACUGAACAGCUGCACAUGACUGAGGAAGCGAUGAAGUGUUACAAAAGGGCAGUUAAUUGUAAUGACAGGGAAGCAAUUGCCCUGCACCAACUAGCAAAGCUAAAUUCUGAACUUGGACGUUCUGAAGAGGCAGCUUAUUACUACAAGAAGGAUUUGGAGAGGAUGGAAGCCGAAGACAGGGAAGGACCAAAUAUGGUAGAAACCCUGUUAUAUCUUGCUCAAUACUAUAGGCAGCAGAAAAGAUUUGAAGAAUCAGAGAUCUACUGUACCCGUCUUCUAGAUUAUACUGGCCCAGAAAAGGAAACAGCAAAGAGCUUACUUCGAGGAAUGAGAAUAGAACAAGCUGGUGGUCCUUCAAUGGAUGUUGAGCACUUUCCUCCCUAAUUUAGUCAUGAUGUAUGAAUAUGAAAAUGCUCUUGUGGAGAAGAAGAUGCCCAAAGAGAAUUGGCUCUAAUUUAAUAGAUUAUACAAGGUUGGUAUCGGUUUUGAUUGAUGUAAUUUGUCAUUGGGGUAUCAAAUCCUAGAUGAAUUGGUAUGAAUGUUGAUUACAAUAGUCUGAAUGUUUCUAUAACUACUGCAUAACUGCCAUGUGCAAUGGUGCUAAGCUUGUUAUCUAGUUUGAGAAUCGAGAUUAGUGAAGGCAUAUUCUAAUGGUACUUGAAGGGUAAGGCCUUCAAAUACAUGUAUGAAGAAUGAUAUAUUGAUAGUAUUGAAAGCACAAUAUGAGAGAAAAAAAA